UUUACUGCUGCAAAUGUGAAACUUGCACAGAGAUUUCCUCUUGAAGAGCCGAAAUGAUAUCUGAAGUUGAACCUUCUGAGCCAUUAUGGCUCAGAAUUUUACUGUACAUUGAGUGUUAUUGAAGUUUAUGGAGUGGAUGCUAUUGAACGAACACUGGAGAAUUUGAUCUCUGUUCAAGAUGAUGUGUUCAUACCUGAUGAAGGGACUGCUCACCGUAAACCGCCAUCCUCUCCACAGGAGUCCUUGCAGAGUGAUGAUCUUUAUCGAAAUCUGUACAAAGAACUGGAAUAUGACUCUUCGGGAGAAAACUUAGAUGUGAAGCAUGAAAUGAAGAAAAAUACUGUGCCUGAUCCAGUUGAAGAAAUUCGCCAUCAAGUUGGCAGGUUGCCUGCAGAUACUGUUCUUAAAAUACUGAUGCAGAAAGUACGUUCGCUGGACUUAAAGUUAUCUGUUUUGGAACGAUACCUGGAAGAAUUAAAUUUAAGAUAUAGUGAUAUAUUUAAAGAGUUUGACGAAGAUAUAGGAGGGAAAGACAAACUUUUGGAGAAGAUCAGAUCAGACAUAAGGAAUCUCUUCGAAAGCCAAGAGGCUAUUGCUAAACAUAUUGAUGAUCUUAGUUCUUGGAAAUACCUUGUUUCCAUGCAAUCGGAAACUUUACUUAGAGACAAUGUCGUUCUCAGGUUGAAGGUUGAACAGGUUAUGGAGAAUCAAGUAUCUUUGCGAAAAAAGGGCAUCAUAGUAUUUGUUAUAUGCAUAAUUUUUGGGUUCUUUGCUCUACUGAGGCUAUUUGUAGAUAUGUUGUUGAGUGUUUUUUUGGCAUCAAUUGUUCAAACAACAGAGAAGUCUGGGAAAUUUUGUCGGAUGAACUUAUCCUGGCUCUUCUUACUUGUAAGCAGCAGUAUUACCCUUUUAAUACUAUCAUUAUAAUUGUGAUGGCAUAUCAGUGAGUUACUAAAGGCUUCUAUUGCCCAUGGAAUUCGAAGCUUGAAAUGAUUGUAGAUAUUUUAAGCUGUACAAAGUGAACAAGUUACAUCUUUAGAGUUGCAUACAA